GCGAUGGACUUGCAAGCAGUGGUGCAGCGCUGCUGUGCUUCCGGCAGCGGCAGUGCUGGCGGUGACGGUGGCGAGCUGGACUGCGUGGUGAUGGAGUCAGCGUUGAAUGAAUCAGAGAUGGAAGACAUCCCGUUGGAGCUUGCUGUGAGCUUCAAUGGCGCCUUGUUUCUUUGGAACGACUGUUCGCAGACUCUGAGCAUCCUGCAUGAUGGCAUUCGUGAGCGCUACAAAUGCUCGCAAGCAGACUCAAAUUCGCGUCGCCGCCCAAUUUUGCGCCCCGUACGGUCCUCCCAUCAUCGCGUUGGCUCGCCCUGGCCCGUGCCCGUGUUCUCAUUGCUUCCUCUGAAAUUACACAUUGUGGGUCUGGCCACUGUCCUAUCAAGCAAGGCCGACUAUUUUGCAGCCGUCUAUCUCUCAACCGGACAUGUGGAAACAGUUUCCCUGUAUUUGUCUCUCUACCGGCCCGAGUCAAUUGCCCUUCCAACCGCGAACAAGGCCAGCAAAGUCGAAACCGUUAUGCGGCAAGUUCGUACAAAGUGCAUGCCACGCCUGUCGCAGGCUCACGACAUGCUGGUACAAAGGUGUGUCAUCGUUUGUUUGCAUUAUAUCGCCAUGAACGACCAGCUCGUCUUUGCCAAGGUUCAUGCUCAGCUCAAACCUUGCCCCUUGGGUGGUUCUUUUCGCGAGUGCAGGCAACGCCAGCAUCAUGCAAGCGAAGAGCAUCAGCGCAGCCGCCUGGCGCAGAUUGAAUCUUCCCUGGCUGGCGUGCUUGCAAAGCAGGACACACUCAUGACAGAGAAGGCCAAACUCUUGGAUCAAAUUCAAAGCAAUACAAGCAAGGCCGAGUUUGUCAUCGAAGCCGCCGACUCGCUCAGCUCCAUCCUGAGUCGUGCCGAGGAACAACACGGCCGCGAUCUUCUAGCGCUCUCAAAACAGCUACGCGCGCUGACAAGUGCUUGCAACCGGAUGAAGCGCCAAGUCGCACACACUGUGACGGCUAGCACUGACCAACAGCCAAAGCCAAACGGCACUGCAUGGACACGGGACAGCCUACGCAAUGACAAUUGGUUGGCGCUUGAGACCCAUGAGGUCAAGCAAGCCCUUUUCACUUCGUGCGUAGGACGUUGUCGAAAGUCGCCAGGCCUCUCUGGUCGUUUUGUUUGCCAACUCAUGUAUCGUCGCUUUUUAUCGUCUCUGGACGUAGGCACAGCGAAGUGCAGAACGUCGUUCAUCGUGUCAAGCUCUUACAACAAAAGCUCGACUCGGUCAAGGCAAUGA